GGAUCCUGGGUUAUGACCUGGCAGUGUGGACUCAUACAAUCCAGUCCAAAGCAGAUAAUUAUCUGGGAUCAGAUCCUGGGGUAUAGGUCCAGUGUAGACCGCGCCUCAGUUAAGAGGGGCCCAUUUGGGAAGAGUUGGGGUCAGAGGACAGGCUCCUCGGGUCCUUCCUCCAAUCUUUGCUCCGGUCCCAAGUUCUUCCAGAAGGCGGCAGGGAACGUGCGGGAGAACACGGGAGAAGACCUGGACACGGAGCAGCUCAUCCACGAGACGUGCCGGAACUGCCUGGAGCAGGCUAAACUUCUCUUCUGCGACGGCAAGAAGUCUGUGGCGAGGUUGCCGCACGAGGUCCCCGUCCUGAAGCGGGCCAAGCCAGCAGACGAGGACGUGAGCCAGCAGCAGGGAAGCCCCGCCCCCAAAAAGCGGAAGGGACGGCCUCCGGGACAGAGCCAGCUGAGCAACCAGAAGCCUGUGGCAGUGAACAUGAGCAAAACCAAGCCCUGUGAGCCAGUGCAGAGGGAAGGCCCCAAGUGGGACCCCACCCGGAUCACAGAAUCCACCUGCUUUGUGCUGGGGUCGAGGGCAAACAAAGCCCUGGGCAUGGGAGGCACCCGAGGAAGGCUCUACAUCAGGCACCCACACCUCUUCAAGUACGCAGCAGACCCUCAGGACAAGCACUGGCUGGCGGAGCAGCACCACAUGCGUGCCACGGGGGGAAAGAUGGCCUACCUUCUUCUGGAGGAGGAUAUCAAGGAGCUGGCGGCAAGUGAAGAGUACAGAGGAUCUCUGGAGCUGAAGCUGGAUGAACUGAAGCCCUUCACGGCGCCGGCCUGGAUGGCCCAGAAGAUGCGCACCGCCAUGGAGGCCCUGCGCUGCGGGUGCGAAGGGGACCCACCCCCGCCCCCCAAGGACGCAUAGGGGAAGGGGCGGUGGGGAGGGGGGGCAGAGCAGGAUCUGCCCCCCUGUGUGCGCUCACUCUCUCUCCCUGCCUCUGGGCUGGACCUCUGGAAACCACCACAACAACCAUCAUCAUCCUAAUAAACACGCCACUCACUCCGG